AUGGGUAAUUUUGCCAAUGGUUUUAAUGAUACGACCGCUGCUUAUCGAGGUUAUGAUAUUUUCGCUACUGCCAAAGUUGCGGGUCGGUUAGAUGGCGAUGCCGAAAAAAUAAUUGCGGGCGGGAACAAUCUCGAAAAAUCCUAUGAAGGUCGAGAACUUCCGAAGCAUUGUUUUGAGAUUAUGGAUGCGACUGUGGAUGCAGUAGUAGAAAUUUUACUGGGUAAUAAUAAUUUUUUUGAUGGCAUAGAUACCGGACAAAUGCAAUCAGUAUUAGAUAAAUAUUUUAUUACGGCUCAAACUAGAAUGAAUGAUACGAAUUCAAAUAAAAAUGAUAAUGGAACUUAUAUUUAUGAAGUGGCGACGGAAACUGAUAAAGACAAAAAAUACCCGAAUGCCAAAAAGGUUCGCGAGGCUUAUCAAAAGAUGACUAAUUUUUUGAAAGUGUUUGAUGUAGACUAUCGGGAUGCGAAGAUUGAUGAUAUUGCGGCGGCUAUUGGAACUGACAAACCAAGUGCCCCAACUGGCGAUAAACCAACCGAAACAGAAAUUAACGCGGCACGGGAUGCAGUAGUUAGUGCUUCCCAAAACGAUAAUGAAUUCAAAGAUAAGUUAAAAGCGAUUUUUGAGGAUAACCGGAGUGAAUUAUUAAAUCAAGAUAAAAAGGUUUUAGAAGAAUUAAAAAAAUUAGCCAUCAUAAUUGGGAGGGCUUAUAAAAAUGGAAAUGAG